AUGGCACGGAGCGGCGGCGGCGGAGGCGGCGGCAGGAGCCCAGCCCUAUCCGCUAGAUCCCUGUGGAGUGCGCAGCAGGCGGGUGCAACCGAAGAGAUCAGCCCGGCGUGGAAAGCAGGGCGCAGGGGCCGCUCCCGCGGGGCCAGCCCGAGCCGGAGCCCCUCUGACAGCCGCGUCCUCCCCUCUGGGGCGCGCCGGCAGGGGCCCCGAGCUCGCCGGACAUGCCCCAAAUUCUCUUCUCAUUUGUUUUCUACCCAUCCCAGGCUCUUAAGCAAUAACAAGCUCACUGCACUUCGGAACGGCUCUUUCUCUGGACUUCCCAUGCUGGAGAAACUAGACCUGAAGAACAAUCUCAUCAGUACAGUGCAUCCUGGUGCCUUCCUCGGCCUGGGGGAGUUGAAGCGCUUAGAUCUCUCCAACAACCGAAUUGGCUGCCUUUCUUCUGGAGCCUUCCAGGGCCUUUCCAACCUCCUGAGAUUAAACAUGUCUGGGAACAUUUUCUCCAACCUGCCAGCUGGGGUGUUUGAUGAGCUUCCAGCCUUAAAAGUUGUGGACUUUGGCACAGAAUUCCUGACCUGUGACUGCCGCUUACGCUGGGUACUUCCCUGGGCCCGUAACCACUCUGUGCAACUGUCUGAGAGGACACUCUGUGCCUAUCCCAGCUCACUCCAUGCCCAGGCACUGCGUGGCCUCCAGGAUACCCAGCUUCAUUGCGCGGGUGCCCUGGAGCUGCACACUCACCACCUGAUCCCCUCGCUGCGCCAGGUGGUGUUCCAAGGCGACCGGCUUCCGUUCCAGUGUACCGCCAGUUACCUGGGCACUAGUACCCGCAUCCACUGGUACCAUAACAGGGUGCCGGUGGAGGGUGAUGAGGAGACAGGUGUCAUCCUAGAGGAGAGCCUGGUCCAUGACUGUACCUUCAUCACCAGCGAGCUAAUUCUGUCCCACAUCCAUGUGUGGGCAUCGGGGGAGUGGGAGUGCUCCGUGUCUACUGCCCAAGGCAACGCCAGCAAGAGGGUGGAGAUCGUAGUGCUGGAGACCUCUGCCUCCUACUGUCCUGCCGAGAGAGUCGCCAACAACCGGGGAGACUUCAGGUGGCCUCGAACUCUGGGAGGCAUCACAGCAUAUCAGUCCUGCCUUCAGUACCCCUUCACCUCAGUGCCUCUCAGUGGGGGCACUCCAGGCACCAGAGCCUCUCGACGCUGUGACCGCACUGGGCGAUGGGAGCCAGGAGACUAUUCCCACUGCCUCUACACCAAUGACAUCACCCGUGUGCUUUAUACCUUUGUCCUGAUGCCCAUAAAUGCUUCCAAUGCACUGACCCUGGCACACCAGCUGCGAGUCUACACGGCUGAAGCUGCUGGCUUCACAGACAUGAUGGACGUGGUCUAUGUAGCACAGAUGAUCCAGAAAUUUCUGGGCUAUGUUGACCAAAUUAAGGAGCUGGUGGAGGUGAUGGUAGACAUGGCCAGUAACCUGAUGCUCGUUGAUGAACACCUACUAUGGCUGGCCCAGCGAGAAGACAAGGCCUGCAGCGGCAUCAUCGAAGCCCUGGAGCGUAUCGGAGGGGCUGCCCUCAGCUCUCAUGCCCAGCACAUCUCUGUGAAUUCAAGGAAUGUGGUACUGGAGGCACACCUCAUCAAACCCCACAGCUAUGUGGGCCUCAGUUGUACAGCUUACCAGAAGCGGGAGCCAGCAGUCUCAGGUCAACGUCCAGGGCCCCCUGGAAUAGACCCCCAGCCUGAGCACGAGACCCUAGCUGACCAACAACUCCGAUUCCGCUGUACCACUGGGCGGCCCAAUAUCUCCCUGUCCACCUUCCACAUCAAGAACAGUGUGGCCCUGGCUUCCAUCCAGCUUCCCCCCAGCCUGUUCUCAUCCCCUCCUGCUGCACUGGCACCCCCAAUUCCUCCAGAUUGCACCCUGCAACUGCUCGUCUUCCGCAAUGGGCGCCUUUUCCGUAGUCAUGGCAACACCUCCCGCCCUGGAACCUCGGGUCCCAGCAAAAGACGUGGGGUGGCCACUCCUGUCAUCUUUGCCGGAACCAAUGGCUGUGGUGUUGGGAACCUGACAGAGCCAGUGACUGUCUCCCUAAGGCACUGGGCUGAAGGGGUGGAUCCUGUGGCGGCCUCAUGGAGCAUGGAAGGGCCUGGAGGUCCAGGAGGCUGGAGUUCCGAGGGCUGCCAGCUCCACUCCAGCCAGUCCAAUGUCAGCUCCUUGUACUGCCAGCACCUUGGCAACAUUGCAGUUCUCAUGGAGCUGAGCACUUUCCCUCGGGAAGCAGACCCAGGAGCAGUUUUGCACCCUGUAGUCUACCCCUGUACUGCCCUUCUGCUGCUCUGUCUCUUCUCUACCAUCAUCACCUACAUCCUUAAUCACAGCUCCAUCCAUGUCUCGAGAAAGGGCUGGCAUAUGCUGCUGAAUCUGUGCUUCCACAUGGCUAUGACUUCGGCUGUCUUUGCAGGCGGCAUCACCCUCACCAACUACCUAAUUGUCUGUCAGGCGGUGGGCAUCACCCUGCACUAUUCAUCCCUGUCCACACUGCUCUGGAUGGGCGUGAAGGCUCGUGUUCUCUACAAGGAGAUGACUUGGAGGGCUCCACCCCCCCAGGAAGGGGAGCCUGCUGCACCCACUCCCCGUCCAAUGCUCCGGUUCUAUCUGAUCGCUGGAGGCAUCCCCCUCAUCAUCUGUGGCAUCACUGCUGCUGUCAACAUCCAUAAUUACCGGGACCAUAAUCCCUACUGCUGGCUGGUGUGGCGCCCCAGCCUGGGAGCUUUCUACGUGCCGGUGGCCCUGAUCUUGCUGAUCACCUGGAUCUACUUUCUAUGUGCUGGGCUGAGCUUAAGGGGCCCGCAGGGGCAGGGCCCUAAAGGGGGCCACAGCAGGGCUUCCCUGGAGCCCGGGGAGGACCUCCGCUGUCAGGCCAGGCUCCAGGGCAGCGGUCCCCUUCUGAGUGACUCGGGCUCCCUCUUGUCUGCUGGGGGCGGAGGAGUGAUUUCCCCGGGGCCCCCGGGCGAUGGAGACGGCAUUUAUUCCUCCAGAGCCCAGCUUGGGGCACUGGUGACCACUCAUUUCUUGUAUCUGGCACUCUGGGCCUGUGGCGCCCUGGCAGUAUCCCAGCAGUGGCUGCCCAGCGUGGUGUGCAGCUGUCUGUAUGGGGUGGUGGCCGUCGCCCUGGGCCUCUUCGUCUUCUCCCACCACUGUGCCAGAAGGAGGGAUGUCCGGGCUUCCUGGCAAGCAUGCUGCCCAUCAUCUCCUCCUUCCCCUCGAGCCCUGCCGAGGCCCUUAUCCACCAUCAUGGAGGACGGCUCUGCAGUCUUUGCAGAGGGGCAUUCUUCCCUCAAAUCCUCCCCGAGUGGCAGCAGCAGCCAUGCCCCACACUCGAGUCCCUGCAAGCUGACCAACCUGCAGCUGGCCCAGAGCCAGGUCUGCGACGUGGGCGUGGGAGCGCUCGGGGAGGAGCCCGAAGCCAGCAGCCCGCGGGGCCCGGCUCCCCGCCACCCCAACAACGUGCACCACGGGCGCCGGGGCCACAAGAGCCGGGCCAAGAGCCACCGCGCUGGGGAUGGAGGCGGCAAGCAUCGGCUGAAGGCGCUCCGCGGGGGGUCGGCGGCGCUGACUGGAGCGUCGGAGCUGCAGUCCAGCGAGAGCGGCAGCCUGCACAACAGCCCUUCGGACAGCUACCCGGGCAGCAGCCGCAACAGCCCCGGCGCUGGCCCUGGCUGCGGCCCCUGCCCGCGGGAAGGAGAGCCUGCGCUCAGCCCCUCCGAGGGCAGCGACACCAGCGGGGCCCUCGGCCCGGAAGCCGGACGCAACCAGCGGCGCUAUGCCAGCCGGGACAACCUCAAGGGCAGUGGGGGGCUGCUGGAAGAGAGCAAGCGCCGCUCCUACCCACUUAACACAGCUAGCCAGAAUGGAGCCUUGAAGGCCGGGAAAUACAUCAACCUAGGCAGCUCAGAGACUGGAGCCAGUGGCUGUAUGAAGACCAGCCUCUGGAAGAGCGAGACCACCGUCUAAAGCUCCAGGGGGCUGUGGGAGCAGUAAGGAACACACUCACUCACCCCCUGCUCACUAGUGGCCAUCCUGGGGAGCCUCUGGCUGUACCUCAAAAGGCUCCCCGUGCUGGUGACAGCAAGGCCACCUCUCCUUGCCAGUGAGGCAGAUGCCAACGCAUGAACACUAGGGGAUGGCAGCUCGCUUAGGGGGCAGGGCUCUGCCCUUUCUGGAGGGAGCUUCUCCAAAGGGUGCCCCCUGCUACCCCAGCCUCAGCCCCCUUUUGUGUCUGUCUGGGAUCCUCCAUACCAUCCAGCAAGAACAGGCCAUUCCCAUGGGCCUAUGGAGCAACCUUCCACCAGCUGAAGCCACCACUGUUCUUGCCCAAACUGUCUCCCAUGUUGUUUAGAGGAACAGGGUCUAGGGUGAACUUUCUGGCCACCCCAGUUCUCUUUAGAGGCCUAAUGCCUUAUUUCUUAGGACCAGGGCCUGGGCCCUAUGGGCUCGCUGGACACUAGGCACUGGUCUGCCUGCCAGGCUGCUGCUUUGGAAGGCAACUAUGCAAAAGCUAGUGGGGAGGGCAGGGCCUCAGGAAGGGAAGUUUGGAAGAGAGCAGGGAAGCUCAAUUUUGUUCAAAUAGAACCAAAGAAGAGAGGGGUGCUACCCUUAACUGACUAGAGUGCUUAACUCAGGCUCAGAUUGCCUUACAAAGGGAGGGUCAAAGGUAAACCAUCCUGAGAUUUGAGAAGUCCAACAUGCCAUCUGAUUCUAAGGAAAGGUGUGAGUAGAAAGCAGAAAGAACCAAAGCUAAGGAAGAGGGACGGCCUGUUUGAGCUCCCAAAGCAAUACUCCUAGAGAAGACUAGAGAAGACAUGUUGAGUGAGGGUUCGGUGCUGGGAACGCUUUUCAAAAGGCAGUUCUCACUCAGGCUCUGGCCUCCAGGGGCCCUAGAGAAAGAAUUUCCUUUGCUUGAAUAUGAGCAUAUGAUGAAGCUCUAGGGAGUCUGAACCAUCAGACCUCAGUCCUAUGGCUAGAAGAUGCCCUUCAGGGGUCAAACCAGUUUCCUGUUCUUGAGGCCCUCGCAAGGCAGUAGCUGGAGCAUUUAGUGGAGAUCCUCCCCCACUCAUGCUGCAUAGCUUGGCCUUGGACUUCAUUCUUCUACCCCCAGGCCUUUAGCUGAGAAUAUACCAUCAAUCCUUUACUUUAGGAUUUCUGAUAGGGAGGAGAGGGUGAGUUUAUACCCGAGAGCCCAACCCUGUUCGGGUUUCCCUGCUCUUGCCCUUGUACAUGUCACCCAAGGUCUUUAAGGAGGACCCAUGGGAGAGGGUUGAUCCCAUUCUUUAGGAGUGGGUUCUGUUAUUUACGCUUGCUGCACAGAGACUAUUAUUAGAGAAAGAAAGAAAAAAAGCUUUGUAUUAUUAUUCUUCCACAUAUGCUGGCUGCUGUUUACAUACCUGCCAAUGCCUUAGCACUGGAGAGCUUUUGCAAUAUGCUGGGGAAAGGGGACUAAGGGGAGGGAAUGAAAAGUGCCAAAGAAAACGUGUUUUUUAAAAACUCGGGUUUUAUACAAUAGAGUGUUUUCUAGCAGAUGCCUUUUGUUUUAAUAUAUUAAAGAUUUGCCAAGUCCCAUGAGCGUAACCCUA